UAGGGUUCUUUGCAAGGUUCUUCACAGAAUUCAUCACUGAGUUCUUCGCAAGGUUCUGCAAGGAUCUUCAACAGAACGGCUCGCAGCGUUCUUCGCAGUGUUCUUCGCGGAGUUCUUCACAGGGUUCUUCGCAGUGUUCUAUGCAGUGUUCUUCACAGAGUUUUUUGCAAGACUCUUCACAGUAUUCUCCACAAAGUUCUUCACAGAGUUCAUCACAGAGUUUUUCGCAGGGUUCUGCAAGAGUCUUCAACAGAACAAAAUGGACAAUAAAAAGAAAUAUGCUAUUGUUAAGUUCAAAGAUGGUCUGCAAAUCGUACCCGCUACUUGGUUAAGUAGUGAUUUACAAAAAUCAAAAUGGCCCAGACAUUAUAUCAGUAACGACAGAUAUGACAAAGCGGUUAAAUUGAUGGAAGUACCUGAUUGUACAUGGGAGGAGCAUACUGUCCUGAAAAUAUAUGCGACAUCUUCAAACUAUGCUGUGGCUCGACAAAAAUUGAAAUUAGCUGAAGAAAUGUCCGACAUCAAUUCUUGUACCGACGAGGAUAGACAGAAACUUUGUAAAAAAUCCCGCAAAAUUAGAGCGGCUAAGAUGCAUGAUUCCAGUUCAUAUGAGUAUACUAACGAUGAAAGCGAUUCUGAGCAAGCCAUUCUCUCAGAUCUUCCCAAACCUCCAAUCAAAAACGUCUAUAAGGAGACGUCCACAAAAACAACUCGAGUAUGUAAAAAUAAUACAAUAAAGUAUUCUAAAAUUGCCGACACAAAACUGGAACAAGAAAGUACUGCAUCUUACAAUUUUAACAACAUUGAAGAAGUUGAUUUUCCUUCACAAAGCAGUUCCGCAAUUUCGGAGUAUUCUGAUUAUGAAAAUGUAGUCCGACGCAGUCCAAAUUUGGAUUUAAAUUCCAGCCAAGAUUCACAGUGUAUUGUUAAUGUAAAUCCUGAACCUGAACGACGGCACGAUAUAAAUAAAUGUGUAUUCCCACGUUGUGAUAAUCAUGAGCCUGAACGACGGCAUGCGCGCGGCGAUGUAAAGAAAUGUGUAAUUCCGCGUUGUGAUACAAGUCUUCCAAGUUUGAAUUUAAAUUCUAAGCGAGUUUCAGGACAGUGCGCGGAAACUUCGAUAGACAUUACUGAACGUCUUCAUGAUGAAAAUGUCCCCCCCAACAGACAUAUGUUAAAUACUUCGAUAGACAUCACUGAACGUCUUCAUAAUGAAAAUGUCCUGCCCAACAGACAUAUGUCAAAUUAUACUGAGGAUCAAACAGUUAACACGAUUGACAGCGCGGGAUAUUAAAAAUUCAUGUUUAAAUUUAUUGAGACAAAUAGUCUCAAACAAAGUUGCUGUAUUAUAUAGUUGGCAUGGUGCCAAAAAAAAAAAGAAUUUUU